GUGUGCAAAGACACGGAGCUGAAGGAGGUCUACUUCACUACGCCCUUGGCCCUUGCCAGUGCCGAAGGCGGGAUCCGAAAAUACUUCAAAGGGAACGGCAAGGACCCCAGGAAAGGCUUGAAGGGUCUCACACCUGGCAAGGGCGAUGGCAAGGGUGAUGGGAAGGAUCGCAAGGGUCGUGACACAGGUGGCAACCAAGGAUUUGGGGGUAAGACUCCGGGCAUGUUUGCGGGAUUCACGCUGCUUACCCACACCCCAGACGGCCGUCAGAUCUGUUAUGCAUUCAACAGUGCCAGGGGAUGCAAGGGAAAUUGUGGGCGUGUGCAUGUUUGUCGUGUCAAGGGCUGUGGCAAACAGCACGGUGUGCAUCAGCAUCCUGGGGCGUCUGCUGCUCCAAAGGAUUCCACAGGAGGCGCCGAUCAGACCGAGAACUUUUGCGUGAAGGCCGGUGGCUGCUCUAUUGCACCUUGCCGGCGAGUACUUUCAGUCGCUCUCGGCAUCAUCGGCCGGGGCCUCCGCCGCUGCGCAGCCAUGAACAUCCUUAUGGUUUUCCGUGGUUGCGACAAUCUUUUGCACAGCAAGUCCAACUUGAUAACGAUUUCAUUUUUCAAGCCGUUGCAUCAGCGCAUGUUUGCUUUGAUUUUGGGAGUGUUGCCUGCUUCCCCAUGGGAGUGGGCAGAGGUACUUGAUUUGAUUCCUCGCGGAGCUGUCACGUUUGCAUUGUAUCAGUGCCACUAUGGUGCCCUCACAUCGAAGCCUACGCGUUUCUUGAGCAAUUUGCCCAGCUGGCGCGCUGCCGUGCCACAUUUCCCAGGACUUCCGUCGUUGGAUGACGAUGGGCGCUAUCGCGGCCCUUUGCCGCCCCGUUGCGGCCAUAAGCAUGCUGACCUUUUGCGUUCGCAGCCCAACGGCUGGCAGUCUGGCAACAUUGCUCGUUUUACGCCUGAACUUUGUUCUUUUGUGGCCAGAGCCGCCCUGGCAGUCGCUCCUCAGGAGAAGGGGGCACAGCACAGUCCUCCUGCCACGACGGAUAACACCCCGGCUGCUAAGAACCUUAGCUCUCCCCCUUCCGAGUCAGCUUCCCUCCUUAGUGCGGCCGGGGCUAGUUCGGGUAUGGUUACAGGUGAGGCGGCAUCAACAGCUGAUCCCGAAAGCUUUGCAUCAUCGCUCUUGAAGUCGGGCAUCGAGUUGACCAGGAACCAUUUGCUUGAUUUGUAUAAGCUCCUUCCGCGGGAGAAGCCACCGAGGUUGCUAUGUGCAUAUUGGAAACAGGUGCUCCCGUUGCUUAACUUCACGACAAUCACUUUGCUUGAGGAUGUGCAAACUCCCUUGCACCGCGAUGGGAGGAACGGCUCGACACACAACGCCAUUUUGGCUGUGUCGGACUUCGAGCAAGGGGGGCUUUGGCUCGAAGAUGAGCAUGGGGACGAAACCCGUCUCCUGGAUGGCCAAGAACUGCGAGGCAAGGUGCAUCAGAUCACGAAGGAUCCUUUUGUCUUCGAGGCCAGGGAUAGGUAUCACUGCACCGAGCCCUGGAAGGGGCAUCGACUUGUCAUGGUUGCCUUCACGGUCCCAGGAUACGAGAAACUUGAAUCGUCUGACCUAGCGCUGGUCAGGGACUUGGGGUUUGUCUUGGACGGUAAAUCGCAACUUGAGGGCAAAGCCGUGGCUUUCAGACCGGAGCUCUGCUGCAACCGUGGCAACCCCAUCAACGUGAUGUGGGCUGGCGAUGAGUGGGUCCCGAGCGCUCGGGGACAAGGGCUCCCGGAGCCAGCACGGCGGCUGGCAGCUGCUAUGCACAAGCUUGUGAAAUCCUUCGUCCUUAGGGUGCUGCCCAACGUGGAACGCACAGCGAUGGAGCUCGUCCUGGGACGGUUCACCUCAUCACCCUUCUCCGAGCGAGACAUGGCUCAGUUGCGGCAACAGUGGGUUGGAUUGCUUGGGGAUACCGGGGGCCACGACCUGCUGGUGGUCCCGGAGAGGCAGCCCUUCUAUCUACCGGCUUUGGCACGCACGGCCGAGUUGCUUGGUGAUCCAGACUGGGAGGUCAUCACGCAAGGCGAGGACAACUUCUGCACGGGAGUCCCAUUGGGCUGCGAGGAGGUUCUGCCACAGGUGCCCCAGGUCUUUGACUUCAAACAUAAGUCGAGGACCUUGGAUGAGUCUGAGUUUGAUUGGGAUCGUACCAACUACAAAA